AUGGAGAAGAAGAAGAAAAAAAAAAACUUCUCCUUCCAAGGGUACUUCAAAAAGUCGGCGCCGUCCACCAGCAAGGAGGAGAAGGGCAACCAGGAUGACGACGUGGGUGGCGACCACAUGAUUGAGAGGGACGAUUCGGAGGGGGAGUUCAGCAUCCAUGUAAGGACGCAGUUUUGCAAAAAGCCCCUGGGGUUAGUGGCUUAUUACCGCUGCACAGAGGGGAAGCACGCCACUUUGGGGGAUUCCUCCGGGUGCCACCGGGCGGCGUCCAUCCGCAACUACCGGGAGCAGGGUGCAGACUCCCCGUGGAUGUUCAAGCUGAAGAACAAGCAGCUGGUCGAGCUGGAAAACGAGAGGGGAGAAAGGGCCAAGGCGAACUUCUGCCUGAGGCUGAGCGGGAAAUCCAAAUGCUACGUGCGGGUGGAGCCGGACCACUGCCUGGAGCUCCUGGGGGGAAACUACUGCACCGAUGAGAGGGCCAUAAAGAUAAAAAACGAAAUUGCCAAAAGGUUAGGGGGCCAAAACGGUGGAAAGGACGGCGGUGAAAGCGAAAACGCUGAAGGGUUUACGUUCGAGAUGUGGAUAGGCAUCAAAGAAGAUAAGUUCGCCUUCGAGGAGGAGAGGAAAAAAAAGCAGAAAAAAAAAGGAGAGAGGAAAAAAAAAAGGAAAAAGAAAUACAUCUGCUUGAUGCAGAAGGGGAAGGAGGAAACGUACCAGUGGAGCGUUCUCCUAGUGAUAGACACCGAUGAGUGUCAUUUCCUAAUCGACUUUAAGAAUGAGAAGUUCCAAUUCGACUCCUUUCCACUGGAGCAUUUAAAAACAAAAAAAAUUGAUGGCUACUACUGGAGCCAUGUAUCAAUUACCUUCAACCUAACCAUAGAUCUCAUUUAUAUAAUUCUAACAGGAGAGGGUAGCUACUUCAUGCAGACGUGUAAAAAUUUGUAUGCCAUAUUUUACAGUAGCGUUUUUUACCCCACCAAUUUCUUCACCGAUAGUGCGAUGGCCUUGCCUCUUUACCUGGGGGCGAAGCCACACACUCUGUUUGAUGACUCAGAUGGGAGUGAUGCCAUGGAGGGAGAGGACAACCCGCUCGCAAAAGAGAUGAAUAAGGAGAAGAGGAGGUCAUCCAAGGUUGGUAGAAGCCACAAAGGGAGCAGCGAUUUUGUGUCCUUCCUCGUCACCGAAAUAAGGCUCUUUGCGUUGAGUAGGUCGGCCGAUUUGGUGGUUAAAGAGAGCAAAGCUGUGUUGGACUGCGCCUGGCUGGAGGGGCCCCCAAACGGGGGAGACCCAAACAGCAUGAGGAAGCACUCGAGGGGGGGCAAGCUGAGCAGCGACGAGGGGGAUGACAUCAAGAACAGGUGCAGCGAGCUGAACAACGAGCUUGAGAUGAUGAAGGAGAGGUUCCACAGGUUUAGCGGCGAGGUGAACGGGGGGAGCGCCGCCGCCCCCCCCGCGCAGGAGGACUUCUUCAAAUUCGACUCGGAGGAGGAGCAGGACGAUUCCGUGAAGGACGCCUUCUUCUCCAAACCCGGAAGGAAGGCCAGCCCCUACGGCAGCGCCCCCCCCAGUGAAGACUUCUUCGGAAAGGGGAGGAGCGACGUAAAGAGGGAAAAGGCAGACCAGCCCCCUGUGAAGAAGUCCCAUGUGAAGAAGCAUUCCCAUGCGGAGAAGUCCCAUUGGGAGAGGCCCCCCCAACUGAACGCAAAGAGGAAAGACGAGUCCGCGUUUUACUUUAACUUCUCGGAUGAAGGCGGGGAGGCCAGCCAGGAGGACCACGCGGGAGCGGCGAAGAAGCCAUCAUGGGAAGGAGAAGCGCAGAAGCCGUCAUGGGAAGAAGGCCACGCGGAGAGGUCUCCCUACGAAGCAGACGACGCGGGGAAACUCCCCCUUUCGGUCGAUCGGAAACAUUCCUCGGAGGGAGAGAAAAGCCCCAUGAAAAAGUACCUUAGCAAAAUCGUGGAGGGAGCAAAAGAAGACGACCCAGAUGCAGCUAGCGAUCUCAACCGAGCAGAUGUGAACCUGCUGCUCAACGAACUGAAGGAGAAGUUCGAAAGCGAAUUUGUAAAUAUCAUGAUAGACAGACUGGGGAGCAAGUUUCAUCUGAAGAGAAAGGACAAGCAAAAAAUAGUCUCUACUUUGAGGUCAAGUGGAAUGGGGGAGAAGGACCACGCCGAGGCAGGUGACAUCCGGGAGAGGUACCUCUCCUUAGUAAAGACAAAAGAGGAGAGGCAAAAAAGCAAAAUGCAUGAGGAGAUAAAGGAGGAGUUGAAGAAGGUCAAGGAGAAAUCCACUGCGGAGAGGAACCUAAGCAGCUACAUCAAGGACAACCAGUUGCUCAAUGAGCACUAUAUAAAGAAAUACAGCUGCGCUGGAGAGGAGGUAAGCGACCAGGAGAGUGAAGAGGGCCCUCCUCAGGGUGCUUGGCCGUACGGAGGGGAGCUGCCUGGCGCGGAUGAACAGGAGGGGGCACCGCUCAGUGACUGCAGCUCGGUUAGGCAAAGCUCGCGCUCCUCGGACGGGAGUCACUCCAUCGUCAAUUUGCAGUACCAGGAUGGAAGCAACAUCUUCGCAGGGGGGGGCAACCUCGGAAGUGGCGAGGAGCUGCCCGCGCAGAUGGACCCAAGCAGGGAUGCCUUCUCCCGCGCAGGGGAGCGCGCCGAGCACGAGGAGAAGAAGUCAGACGUUAGCGAUUUUACCUUUAUGAAGAGGAGCAGCAGCGGGCGCAAGGGGCGUAGCGGUCAUGGCUCUCCUGACGAUCGCAAGUGGCGUAGCGGUCGUGAGGGGCGCCGAAGUGGUGACGGGCGCGAUGGUGGGCCCACCCUCCAGGGGGACGACCGCCCCUCCCCGGAAAGCGCCCUCCGAGUGCUCCCGUCGAACGAGACCGACCUGCUGCCCGAGGAGGGGCACCACCGAAAGAGCGUCUCGGCCCUCCUCCCGAGCGAAGAGCAACCAAAUCGUAGAGAUAGACACAACCAAAUAAACGAAGCAAUCAAAACGGGGAAACUUUAUUACCAUUUCAUAUGCCCCCUGACCCCCUAUGAAUUAUUCCUCCUGAGGAGGUUCCACAAAAAGGGGAUCAGCGAGGAGCUUAAAGAAUUUAGAAACAAGAAGUACCUCUCGUGUGAAAAGCUAUUCAUGUCAACAGGAGGAAUCUGUAGAACCCCCCUGAACGUGGCCUACAUAAGAUACAAAAUAGCGAUGAUGAAAUCUAUGCUGAGGAGUAGCCGAAGGUGCAUUCAGGAGAAGAAAUUUAAGAAGGGGCUAAAAAUUUGCAUAAAGAAUGGAGAGUAUAUCAAAAACUUCGUCAGCAGUUACUGCGUGUUGAGGAGGAGGGCCCUAAGUGGGGACUCCUCUCCGUCGUUCCCGCCGUCCCCUCCCUCCUCGGCGAGAUUUCCAGAAGAGCAACAGCAGCAACGACAGCAACGACAGGAGCCCCCCUACCAGUACGCCGACUUCUGCCUAAACGUAGACCACGCAUACAUCACCAUGGAUGAGUUAAAAAACAUUUUAAAAACGAACGUGCGGAAUGUAAUCAUCUGUAAAGUGUUUAUCCUCAUGAAGGAGUAUAAGAGGUACAAAUACAUCGAAAACUCGUCGCUCAUUUUGGUUCUUCAGUCGGUCCUCUGUCGGGUUGUGACGAGCUACACCCUGUUGAGAAAAAUUUUGAAGAAAUUCAUCCUGCUGCUCUUCCUGCGGGGCUGUCUCAGUUGUGUAGAAUCCCUCUGCACCUUUCUCUUCCUGAUGUAUCCGAAGGAACGGACCCACCCGCUCUUCGCCAAGGUGUUUUCCCUCUGCAGGAACUCCUUCUUGGCCUACUCCUCCUGCUACAAGAGCAACAAAUACGCCAUGAUUAAUAAUUACCACUUCAACUUCGAGCAGUGCGUGGAGUUUUUCUCUCCGGAGUGGGGCUACUACAUCUACACCACCAGCAACUUUAACAUCUUCUCCUCUAGCGUCAAGUUCAACGGGUUCUUGAAAAGGGCCGUCGACUUCGCCACGCGGCGGGGGGAGGGGCAGCUGGAGCGGCAGGCCAUAUGCGACGUGGGCAGCUCUGCGGAUAGCCCUGAUGAUAGCCCUGCGGAUAUCCCUGCGGAUAUCCCUGAGGGUAUCCCUGAGGGUGGCCCCGCCUGUGGCGACCCCACCCAGCUGCCGGAGGACGCCCCCCCGAGUGAACCCACAAAGGAGAGCAAACUCGCAACAGUAGAUGCGUGCACCGAUCUAGACAGAAGCAACAAAAAAGAACCCAAGAGAAACGAUUUAUACAUCUACCUGACCAACUACGAAAAGAAAAAAAGGAGCUACUACAUCAUCGAUGACAAUAUGAGGCGCAUCGAAUUCUCUAGAAAAGAAACCAACCACAAUUUGGAGACCUUCCUUCAGAUGGGGAACCCAACUGAGACCUCCACCGAACAGAGCAAGAGGGAUCAACUGGAUCGCCUCAUGAGCAAAGUGAACCGUGAUGUGUAUUUAAAUUCCUCCGGCUCCUCCUGCAUGAAUGCCGCAUUUUUCGGCCACUGCCCCCACUGCAAGCAUGCCUUUAACUCCUUCUCGCGGUCUUGCAAAGUGUGCCAGCGGUACGUGCACGUCUGCUACUACCUCCUCAUCCACUGCACCUACAAGUACCACUGCGAGCUGUGCGACGCGACUUACUCGGAGAAGUGCCUGGAGAAGUUCUCAAAAGGAUUCACCUGCUUCUACUGCGGUUUGUUUUUCAUCCGCAAGUGA